GAGUUCAUCGGAGCGCCAAAUGCAAAAACCAUCACUGCGUUCAACGUUAUCAUUUCGAAAUGAACGUGAUACAUUAAAUUUAGCGUCAAAUGAUUCACGUUCACGUUUUCCAUUUUUCCGCCUAAAAAAAGAAUGGAAAGAAAGGGGAAAAUUCGAAUUGGAUGCAAAAGAUGAAUGGAUAAGAUACAGCAAGGAAAAUUUGAAUGAUAUGUAUAAUAAUGAUUUCUAUCAAACAAAACUACCAGAAAGAAAUUAUUUGAGAUUUCAAAAUGUGCCCAAUGCGUUUGCAUUUCAGCAUGAUCUCGAACAAACCACUGCUAAACGUGCGUUAUGCUUAUCACUAUCAAGUGAAGCAUUAUCAGGAAUGGAUAACAAUUGCAACAAUAGCAAUAAUGGUAGUAACAGUAACAGUCAGUAUCGGAAAGUCAUCUUACGUCCACGAGUUAUAGUGGAUGGUGAUUCACUGGAUCCGACAAUAUUUACGCCAUCCACUGAUAAUCUCGAAAAUGACAGUGGAGUAGGAAGCCUUCAGGCUCGCAUUCGUGAUUCAGUAGUUUCUGCUCCAAGUCCUAGUCCAAUAAAUUGUAAUUCUAGCACUAUGCAUACCUAUUUCAGACAAUCUUUGAUCAACUAA